AUGGUGAAUUCCCCGAGGGGUGAGGCAAAGAUGGUCAAAACGAGGUCAGCGCGUGUCAAUAUCGUCGAUUCGGCGGCGGGAGGAGCUACAUCAGAAGCCUCAGGAAGCGUGAAGGUAUCGUCAGCAAGAAGGUGCCUGUUUGGCAAGUCUUCGAGGGCUGAGACGGACUUAUGGCUGGCGGAUACGCUGAAGCAGCUGGAAGGGAAUAGGGGUGGACGAUUCAAUUUUGAUUUUGAGAAGGAGCGUCCAAUUGCAGUGGAUAGCGCGGAGUAUUCGUUUGAGGCAGUUCGCGAGGAGGAUGUAAGCAGCAUUUGGAUGUUAUGA